AUGGAUGCCGCCGCCGCCGGCCAAGGAGAACUCCGAACCUACGCCGAUGUCGAGGAGUUCUUCAACAACAUGUCGUCGGAGGGCCCGUCGGCGCAGGACCGCAUCGAUUACAUCGUCCCCUACAUCAUCUCCCUCCUCCCUCCACCCUUCGUCCCCGCCCCCGACGCCGCCGACGCCUCCGACUCCGAAGACGAGCACUUCUCCCUCACCUCCUCCUCCUCCGACGACGACGAAAGGGAUGCCGACUGGCCCGCUGUCUUUCCGGCGGCGCAGGGUGACGGCCAGGACCACAUCAGCCGCCUGACCAACGACCUGCUCGCCAACGUCAUCUCCCGCCUCCCCACCAAGGAAGCCGCGCGCACCAUGGUCCUCUCGGCCCGCUGGCGCGGCCUGUGGCCGUCGACCCCGCUCCUCGUCGACGACGCGCACCUCAGGUACCCCGGCGAGUCCCGCGAGAUCCCGGGCUUCCACGCCGUGCGCGCCAUCUCGCGCUGCGUGGCCGCGCACCCGGGCCCCGUCCGCGGCGUGCGCAUCACCCGCACCUCCUUCCACAUGCAGGAGUACGCGCUCCAGCGCCUGGUCGCCGGCCUCGCCGCCAAGAACGUGCAGGACCUCAUCCUCUUCAACCGCCCCUGGCCGCUCAACAUGCCGCUCCCCGACGACAUCCUCCGCUGCGCCUCCCUCACCCGCCUCUACCUCGGCGUCUGGCACUUCCCGGACACCGCCGCGCACCGGCCCAACCUCCCCAACCUCCAGGAGCUCGGCCUCUUCCACACCAUCAUCGCGGACAGGGACAUUGACGCCUUGCUCGCGCGCUGCCGCAAGCUCAAGAUCCUCUCCUUCGCCAUGUCGUACAACUCCGAUUCGCGCCUCCGCGUCAGGUCCCGCAGCCUCAGCGCCGUGGUUGAGUGGAGAUGCAGCUUGGAAGAAAUCGUCGUCGAUGAUGCCCCCUGCCUUGAGCGCCUGCUCUUCGAUAGUAUUGGCGACCGGAGGCUCGUCAAGAUUGUUCAGGCGCCCAGGCUGGAGGUCCUCGGGUUCUUGGACCUCCAGCUCCACGAGCUCCAGAUUGGCGGCAUUGUCAUCAAGGCUGGGAUGAAUGUGAGAGCUAGAGCCAUGCUGCCAAGUUUGAAGAUAUUUGCUGUCAAGGUGCGGUUUUUAGAUCAGACGGAGGUCAAGAUGCUGCCCACUCUGCUCAGAUGCUUUCCUUCUCUUGAGACACUUCACGUCAUGUCCAUUCCUGGGUCACCUGAUACCGUGGUUCCUGCUGGGUUCUGGGAGUCCCUGGGCUCUUGUGACUGCCUCAGAAGUCACCUCAAGACCUUAGUCCUCCAUGGAUUCCAGAACCUUAACCAAGAGCUGUUGUUCCUCAAUUACAUUUUGGAGAAGGGUAAGAUGCUUAAGACCCUGUGCAUUGUUCGCAGUGAGAUUGAUGACUUUUUAGCGGAGGCAUGCCACGUGGUACCGGAGGUAGGCCCGACGUCAGGUUUCAUUCUUCAGUGCGACACUCCAUCAGGUGGAAGCAGUGGCAGUGACAUUUCUGUUUGUCCCGCCUCCCGCUACUGGAGCUUUCAGCAUGCCAUAGACUUGUCAGUGAAGGAUCCCUUCUAUGCGUCGAGGCAUGACGUGACCUGGAUUGCUUGUCGUACUGAGGAUGAGAGUUUGUGUUUCUGAUGAUGGUGGUUAUGAGGAUAUGGUAGUUACCUGUUACUUCUUCAUCAAUUUGCGGUGAACUAAGAAGGUGGACCGAGCCCAUGAACGUCUGGAAGCUAGUUUUAUCAGUCGUGGCACUCUUGAAUUUUUUCGGUGAGACUAAUAUGAUUCUGCGUUUGGAUGUACCUUCGCUUUGGCUUCAUGUUGUUUCGGGCCUUUUUGGCUUGUAGAAGUCCUUAUUGCUCGCACAAUCUAUCUCCAUUGAUAUCCUGAUGCACUUUGUUCUUUUCCUGCUAGU